AUGGUACAGCCGGUGUGCCAUAGAGUGGAAGGCGGAAUUGUGAAUGGAUACGACAAUGACUUCGUUCGUAAAAUUCUUCGCAAGCACGCCCGAAAAAAGCACCGAAGUGAUGCAACAACACUAACACCGGAAAAAGAAGAAUCGCAAAGAGUUAGUCUACCGUUUUAUCCAAAAUUGACUAACGGAAUCAGCCAGAUUCUUCUACAGCAUGGUCUAAAAACCGCAUACAAGAGUGGAAACACCCUCAAGGAUCGUCUAGUCUCGCUUAAAGACAAGAUUCCUGAGGAGGAUAGAUCCGGAAUCUACGAAAUUCCAUGCAGCAGCUGCCCGGCUAUUUAUAUUGGUCAAACUCGCCGUAAAUUCACAGUCCGUCUCAAAGAACACAAAAAUGCCGUUGAGAAUGGGAAGAUUAAUGAAUCGAGUGUUGCCGCCCACACAACAGAGUUUGACCAUUCCGUCGAUUGGAAAAAGGUCAAAUUUAGGAAGUUUGUACGGAAAACAUCACACCUGAAUGCUUGGGAGUCGAUGUUCAUCAGCACCGCCGAAAAACCGUUGAUGAACGAAGACGAGCCGCCGAUCAUUUCACCUCUCUUCAACCUGAUCAAACAAAAAACCGCAUAA